AUGUCUGGAAAGGAACAAAUGAAGCACGAGAUUAAACACAAACUCAGUAAUUGGAACUAUUGUCACCGUAACUCAAGUACACCAACAGUAACAACGGACCAGACACCAACAGAAACAACGGACCAGACACCAACAGAAGCAACGGACCAGACACCAACAGAAACAACGGACCAGACGGCAACUGUAACAACGGACCAGACACCAACAGUAACAACGGACCAGACGGCAACAGAAGCAACGGACCAGACACCAACAGAAGCAACGGACCAGACACCAACAGAAACAACGGACCAGACACCAACAGAAGCAACGGACCAGACACCAACAGAAACAACGGACCAGACACCAACAGAAACAACGGACCAGACGGCAACAGAAACAACGGACCAGACACCAACAGAAGCAACGGACCAGACACCAACAGAAGCAACGGACCAGACGGCAACAGAAACAACGGACCAGACACCAACAGAAGCAACGGACCAGACACCAACAGAAACAACGGACCAGACGGCAACAGUAACAACGGACCAGACACCAACAGAAGCAACGGACAAGUAA